AUGAUAAUUUCAAAAAAUUAUCUUUAUUUAAUUAUUUUUUGUACUAUAAUAUAUCUCUCAAGGGGGAAUCAGGUAUCUACUGAGGAAGAUAAUAUAACUCCUAAAUAUAAUUCUUCAUGGAUUGAAGAUUCUUUAAUUACUGGUAAAAAGUAUAAAGUUAUUAGAGCUAUCCCUGAAACUGAUGAACAGUUAAAUUAUCUUUUAAUUUUAUAUCGUGAUCAUUCUAAAGGAAUUAAAAUGGAUUUUUGGAAAAAACCAACGUCUAUGUUUUCAUCUGUUGACAUUAUGAUUGAAGAAAAUGAUCAUAAAACAUUUAAAGAUACAUUAAAUAAUGAAGGAAUUUCAAAUUAUGUUAUUGUUGAUGAUGUACAAAGAUUAAUUGAAGAAAGAGAAACUUUAAGUAAGAGAAAUCAAAUUUUAUUUGAGAGUCAUUAUCGAUAUGAUGAUUCUACAAAUGUGACAGCUGAUGAAAAGUAUAACUUUCAUACAUACUCUUCAUAUCCAAAGAUGCAAAGAUGGAUGAAGGCUGUUACUUUAAAAUAUCCACAUAUUGCAAAAUAUAUAACUAUUGGAAAGACACAUGAAGGAAGAAAUAUUGAUGGUAUUGAGAUUGGUGGUAAUGAUAGGAGAAAAAGAAUUUUUUGGAUUGAUGGUGGUAUUCAUGCUCGUGAAUGGGCAGCUCCCCAUACAGCAUUAUAUUUUAUUCAUCAACUAACUUCAAGAUAUGGAAAUGAUAGAAAUAUAACAAAUUAUGUAGAUAAAAUUACAUGGAUUAUUAUACCAUCUCUUAAUCCUGAUGGUUAUGAAUUUUCACGUUCUUAUUUUUCUCCCUCUAUUAGAUUAUGGAGAAAAAAUAGAAGUCCACCUAAAUGUUUUACAGAUGAUUGGGGUAGAAAAAGAUGUUGUAGAGGUGUAGAUUUAAAUAGAAACUUUGAUUUCCAUUUUAAAGAAUCAGGUUCAAGUGAUGAUCCAUGUUCAGAGAUAUACCAAGGUGAAUCACCAUUUUCAGAACCAGAAUCAGCAGCUGUUAGAGAUACUAUUUUUUCUCCAAAAUAUUAUGGAAGAUUUGAUGGUUUUGUUACUUUACAUACCUAUUCACAAAUAUGGAUUCAUCCAUAUGGCCAUAAAAAAGAUUCAUAUCCUGGUGAUAUAAAUGAUCUUUAUAGUAUUGGUAUGAAAGCUGCUAAAGCUUUAAAACAACUUUAUGGAACUGAAUAUGUUGUUGGUAGUGGUGCUGAUACAUUAUAUCCAGCUUCAGGUGGUUCAGAAGAUUGGGCAAAAUUAAAAGCAAAAAUAAAAUUUGUCUAUCUUCUUGAAUUAAGACCAGAUGAACAUAAUUGGGAUGGUUUUAUUUUAAAAGAACGUGAAUUAAUACCAACAGCCACAGAAACAUGGGUAGGGAUAAAAGUUGUAGCUGAUGCGAUAAUAGAAAGAUUUUCAAAUCAACCUUUGAGGGAGAAAGAAAUACAAUAUGAGAUUGAUAAUAUUAAACAAGGAUCAUGUUAUGAUAUUAGAUCAACUUGCAAAAAAUGGCUCCAACAAAAUGGGGAUCUUUGUCGGAGGAUACCAAAAUUUAUGAGAACACAAUGUAGUUAUUCAUGUAAUUUUUGUUAA